CCUGGUGGUGGAUGGGCAGGAGGAGCCGCAGUCCCUGUUUGAGAGCAUCAUGGGAACACAGCGCUGCAGCAACGCCAACAACGUCAUCAAGUUCUGCGACAACAGCAGCGCCAUCCGCGGCUCCUCGGUUCCCUGCCUGCUCCCCUCGGACCCCACGCGGCCCAGCGCCCUGCGGCAGCUCAGCAGCACCCGGCACGUCCUGCUCACCGCCGAGACCCACAACUUCCCCACCGCCGUGGCUCCGUUCAGCGGCGCCACCACGGGAACCGGCGGCCGCAUUCGGGACGUGCAGAGCGCGGGGCGCGGCGGCGCCGUCAUGGCGGCAACGGCGGGGUACAGCUUUGGCUGCCUGCUGCUGCCCGGGUACCCCUUGCCCUGGGAGGACGCCUCCCUGCCGUACCCCAAAUCCUUCGCCCGCCCCAUAGAAGUCGCCAUCGGGGCCAGCAAUGGGGCCAGCGACUACGGGAACAAAUUCGGGGAGCCCGUGGUGGCAGGCUUUGCGCGUUCCUUCGCCUGGUGCUGCCGGGGGGGCAGCGCCGCGAGUGGGUGAAGCCCAUCAUGUUCAGCGGCGGCAUCGGCGCCAUCGACGACGGCCACGUCCACAAGGAGCCCCCCGAGCCGGGUCAGAGCC